AACCAGAAAAGAAAAAGCUUGAUGAAGAUGAUCCAUUUUCCGAAGCUAAAAUCAGGCAGAUCGGAGAUGAAGAAUGGGAGUAACUUGAGUGACAAGACAGAUGUUAAUGAAGAAUACAAGGAAGUUUUUAGAACAAAGUCUUAUGUGGAAAUGUGGAGUCAAGUUCAUGGCUUUGAUAAACUACCUUCAACGUCCUCGAUUGCUAAUGUUCAUAUAAACUUGUCGGAAUUCUUGCUUAGACCGAGGCAAGAAAUAUUGGACAAGAAAGAGAGCUUGAAUGUUCAUCACCUUCUUCUAGAUUACUUCGAAGCCGGCUUGGAAACUUGUAAUUUAUGCGAAGUAAUCCUUAAAAGCAUCCACCAGACCCGAGUUUAUUAUCAGAGGAUUCGAAAGGUAAUCAAGCUAAGCAAGAGGGUUCAGGAUUUUUCAGAUGAACAAUGCAGCGUUAUACUUGAGGAGCUAACUGGAUUUGCAUUGCUUAAAAACCCGUUGUCGAUCAUUACACCAUUGCAGUUCCGGAAGAUUCAUGAGAAUAACCUGGAUUUGUUUCGAAAGCUUAAGUCGAAACGCAAAAAGAUAAGACGAAAAGCGAAAUCAAAAAGAAUCUCCAAACAGAUUGGGGGUCUUUGUUUAGUAAUUUCUCAUACAGCUCUUGUAGUUGCAUUACUGAUACUUGCCUUCCACAGCGUGUUCGGAACUAUAGCAGCACCAGGGCUUGCAGCCUGGUUCAUAUGCAUUAGGAAGAAGAAGAAAACCCAAUCAUCAUCUCAUCAGCAAGGGCCUACUACUCGCUUGCUCGAAAGACUUAGUGAGCAACUUGAUAUCUCAGCUAAAGGGAUUUACAUUUUGAUCAACGAUUUCGAUACCAUAAGUAGACUGGUAUGGAGACUACAUGACGAGAUCGAGCACCGUAAAGCCAUCGCUGAUAUGUGCAUUAGAAACGGGAAGAUUGAGGUACUUGAGGAGGUUGUAAGAGAAUUCCGUAUAAGCGAUUUGAGUUUCUUGGAGCAACUGAAAGAGCUUGAAGAACAUACAAAGCUAUGUUUUCACACAAUCAACAGGUCGAGAAGGCACGUUAUCGAAGAAAUAGUUGAUUCACAGCCAUAG